ACACACACACACGUACAUCUCUUUGUUAGUGAUAAAUUCUGCAACUCGAUAACAUGGGCAGGGACAAGUGGUCAUUGCUUAGCCGCCUAAGGAGGGCAAUCAAGAAGGUAAAGAUCAUACUAAAUCUUGAUAUGAGUCGUUGGCGUCUGGCUUCUAUGAUUGGUGCUGCAUCCUCGAGGAGACACCAGCUUAGCUUUAAUGAUAGACCAGGGCUAAGGGGCUGUGAAGAUAUUGAUGAUGAAGAAUCAGAAGACCCGGGUUCUUCAAAGGGGCUACAUAGAACCAUCAGCUAUCAAUCAGAAGAUGAUAUUGAUAAGAGAGCUGAAAUGUUUAUUGAAAAUUUCCGUCGCCAACUUCAGAUUGAGAGGCAGAUUUCCUUGGAGCUCAAGUAUUUCCAAGGUUUAAAUAGCUUCAAAUCGAUUUCUCCAUGAUUCUUUGUGGUAACCCUGAAUUUGGUGAUGGGACCUGUGUUUUAUGAGAGGUUUUCCGAUGCCAAUUAACUUGAUGGGACCUGUGUUUUUGUUCAGUACGUUCUGGGAUUGUUUCAUCAUUUCAUUGUAGAACAGGGAUGCUAUAUUUUUAUUUUUUUACCUGUAUUCUUCUAUUUAAAAAAAAAAAAACAAAUUGGUGUAUGAAUUUUGUAUAUAGGAAAGAGCAUAUAGAAACAGAUGUUUGCAUUUGGAUUGUUGUGUGUAAGAAUCGAUUGGUGUGGUAAAUAAUAUUAUACUUUGUGCUGCAAGCCAA